UGUAAAGACAUUACAACACCUUUCCUUUUGUGAUUUAGUUGUCAUAACUAGGGAUGUCAAUAGGGCCCUGCGGGGGCAGGGACCCCUUCCUCAUCCCCAUCCCCACGAAUCAUGGGAAUGGGGAUCCUCGCGGGGGGUAGAUUUUGCCCCCGUCCCCGUUUCCCACGGGGAACGGGGAUCCCCAUUCCCCACCAAUUAACAUCAAAUAGCUCUAGCAACAGUAGCAAAGGAGAUGGCUUAGGCUGUUCGGCGGCAACAGCAGCAGCAAGCUCCGGUGGCGGUAGCAGCAGCAGAUGGCUUCGACAGCAGCAGAUGGCUUCGACAGCAGCAGCAGAUGGGUCCGGCGAUGGCAGCAGCAGAUGGGUCCACCAGCAGCAGCAGAUGGGUCCACCAGCAGCAGCAGAUGGGUCCACCAGUAGCAGCAGAGUAGAUGGCUCCUGCAGCAGCAACAGCAGCAGAUGGGUUCGGUGGUGGCAGCAGCAGAUGGCUCCGGUGGCAGCAGCAACAACAGGGAAACUGAAGGUGAGAUGAACGUGAGAGAUGUGUGAAGCUACAGUUAAAGAGAUUGAGUGAUGUGAAUUAAAAUAAAUUAGGGUUAUGGUUAAAUGUAGGGGAAUGGGUUGGGUUGGGAGUUGGGUUGGGUUGGAUAGUAUUGGGUUAAAUUUAAUUGUAAUUGGAUUAGAUUUGAUUUUGGAUUUGGAUUUGAAUUUGGGUUUGGGUUUGAGUUUAAAGAAUAAAUUAAUUUUAAAAUA